AUGGCUCGUAAGGGGAGCGGGACCUGGUUCACCCAUGUCCGCGGCGCCAUCAUCGUAUUUCCCUGGGUAGUCUGGCUGCUUCUGAUUGACAUUUCCGUCUCGGCGCUGCUACUCAUCAAGUCGCUGUUCCCCAACUUCACAUACGACCUCUCGUCGGCGCUUGCAUGGACGGUUUGGCGCUGGAUUCAAUGGAUAUUUGAGGACGUCAACGGCGCGCGCGUCACUAUCUCGGGCGACCCUCUGCCGUCGAACGGCGAGAGCGCCAUCGUCGUCGCCAACCACGUCAGCUGGAACGACUUUUACAUGGUCCAGGCGGUCGCCGUACGCGCCGGAAUGCUCGGUCGCUGUCGCUACUUUGCUAAGAUCCAGCUGCGCGCCGUGCCUUUUCUUGGCUGGGGUUUGUGGGCGCUUGGGAUGCCCAUGGUAACGAGGAACUGGCUUCGGGACAGGGAUGAGCUCAAUAGGGUUUUUGAGGGUAUUGUGAAUCGGAGGUGGCCGACUUGGCUGGUAUCCUUCUCAGAAGCCACCCGCUUCACACCCAAAAAGUACGAAGAGUCAAAGCAGUGGUGCGCAACCAACGGUAAGCCGCAGCCCAAACACCUCCUGUACCCGCGUACAAAGGGCUUCAUCGCCACGGUCCAGCACCUCCGGCACGCGUCGCAUGUCAAGGCCGUCUACGACCUCGCCAUCGCGUACCAGAAGGACGGCUCAUGGAUGGUGGCACCCGUCUUCUGGGACACACUGAGCGUGCCGGGCCUUUCGGCCCCUGGCCCCCACGGCUUCCGCUUCCACGUGCACGUGCGUCGCUUCCCCAUCGAGGAGCUGCCGCGCAGCGACGCGGACCUGGCGCGCUGGCUGGAGCAGCGCUGGCUGGACAAGGGGGAGUGGCUUGAGGGGUUGCGGAAGAGGUGGGCCGAGGAGGAGAAGGACGAGGAAAGUAGGGUUGUGGACGGUGCGAAAGUGUGA